AAAGACACUGUGUGUGUGAGUUUAGACAUAGAGAGAGAGAGAGAGAGAGAGAGAGAGAGAGCCUCAUGUUUUAUGUUUUGUUAACUUGAAGCUAGUUUGGUGGUUCUUUGUUUGCAUUUGCAGAGGUAAAAAAGACAAAGCCUUUCUUUUUAUUUCUGUUUGUUGGAUCAGAUUUAAGGGAAGUGAAACUGAAGGGCAAAGCUCAAGAGAUAAAACUGAAAGUGCUCUCGAUCUGAGCCUCUGAAGCUUCUCUAACUUUGAUUCUGGAACUUGGGUUUGGCUGUAGACUGUAUAUUGUGUAGUUAUCUAUGACUGUAAGCUUCUGAGAUGGAACAAUCUUCGAAUGCUCAAAGGGUCAUCAGAGUUCAAGCUCCACUGGUCGAUUCUGUCUCAUGCUAUUGCAAAGUAGAUUCAGGCUUAAAAACAGUUGCAGGAGCGAGAAAAUUUGUCCCUGGAUCUAAGAUUUGCAUUCAGCCUGAUAUCAAUCCUAAUGCACACAAGAGCAAAAACUCACGUCGAGAAAGGACCCGAGUGCAGCCACCCCUCCUUCCUGGCCUUCCUGAUGAUCUUGCUAUUGCUUGCCUGAUCCGAGUCCCUCGUGUUGAACAUAGAAAGCUCCGUCUAGUUUGCAAGAGAUGGUACCGUCUUCUAGCUGGAAACUACUUUUAUUCUCUUAGGAAAAGUCUCGGAAUGGCAGAAGAAUGGGUUUAUGUCAUCAAAAGAGACCGUGAUGGAAGGAUUUCUUGGCAUGCUUUUGAUCCCACCUACCAGCUAUGGCAGCCACUUCCACCUGUCCCGGGGGAAUAUUCUGAAGCACUGGGUUUUGGCUGUGCCGUCCUUAGUGGUUGCCACCUUUACUUAUUUGGAGGAAAAGAUCCAACUAAGGGAUCUAUGAGGCGGGUCAUUUUCUACAGUGCCAGGACAAAUAAAUGGCAUAGGGCACCAGACAUGCUUCGAAAACGUCAUUUCUUUGGUUCUUGUGUCAUAAAUAACUGCCUUUAUGUGGCUGGUGGGGAAUGUGAAGGAAUUCAAAGGACUCUCCGAUCUGCUGAAGUGUAUGAACCUAACAGGAAUAGGUGGAGCUUUAUUUCAGAUAUGAGCACAGCUAUGGUGCCAUUUAUUGGAGUUGUUCACAAUGGAAUGUGGUUUCUAAAAGGACUUGGGUCCCAUCGUGAGGUCAUGAGCGAAGCCUAUUCUCUUGAAACUAAUACGUGGACUCCAAUUAAUAAUGGGAUGGUCUCAGGUUGGCGCAACCCUAGUAUCUCCUUAAAUGGACAGCUCUAUGCCUUGGAUUGCCGGGAUGGAUGCAAGCUAAGAGUUUAUGAUAGAACCACAGAUUCAUGGAACAAAUUUAUAGAUAGCAAGCUCCAUCUAGGGAGUUCUCGUGCUUUGGAGGCUGCUGCUCUUGUUCCCCUUAAUGGGAAGCUUUGCAUCAUCCGUAACAACAUGAGCAUCAGCAUAGUUGAUGUUUCGAGUCCAGAUAAACAUGUGGAGAGCAACCCUCGCCUUUGGGAAAACAUACCUGGGAAAGGUCAUUUCAGGACUCUCGUCACAAAUUUGUGGUCCAGUAUAGCUGGCCGAAGUGGUUUGAAGAGUCAUAUUGUGCACUGUCAGGUGCUUCAAGCAUGAGAAACAGAUUCUAUAUUUCAUGCUUUGCUUAAGGCAAGAAUUUGAAGAAAUGGGAAUGGAGAAUCCAAUGUUACUGUGUAUGAAAAUCUUAGGCAACACAUUGAUCACAUGGAAUCUCCAUCCGCAUUUCUUUUGAGAGAUUCAAUUUGGGAACUGAUCAUUAGCUUUUUAUGCAGUUACAAGGUGAGGGUGGUUUUCUAUUGGUUUCGGCAAUAGAAUUAAGGUCAUUUCUUUACAUUCAUGAAGAGAGAGCAGAUACUUGUAAAUCUUGUUCUUUGGUUUUAGGGUUCAUGACUUUUCUUGUGGGAUCUUAUCUUUAGUAAUGUGUAAUCUUGGAGAUAUGCUUUGUGAAUAUAUAUGGUCUCUCAACGAUAAGUCAAAUAUACUUCGAUUAUCUCUGUGACUUUGCGUCACAUUUAUGUCAUCUGCAAUCAAAUUAAGAAAUUUUUUUAUUUA